AUGCGCGCCGUUCAAGUCAAAGAAUAUGUCAAGGGCCCACUGGACCUCACAGUCACCGAAGUCCAAACCCCCGCCCCAUCGGCCGACAACUACCUAAUCAAGAUCCACUCCGCCGGCACAAACUUCUUCGACAUCCUCCAAAUCCAAGGCAAAUACCAACACCAACCACCCCUCCCCUGGAUCGGCGGUUCCGAAUUCGCCGGCACAAUCGCUGCAGUCCCAACCGCCUCUUCAUCCCCUCGCUUCCGCGUCGGCGAUCGCGUCUUCGGCGCUAUCCAGGGCGCUUAUGCCACCCACGUGCUCGCCCCGGAGGCCUCCCUGCUCCCCGUGCCAAACGGGUGGAGCUUCGAGGAUGCGGCUGGUCUCUUUGUGACCGCGCCGACUUCCUACGGCAGUCUUGUGCAUCGUGCCGGCGUGAAGGCGGGCGACUGGGUGCUCGUUCAUGCGGCGGCUGGUGGUGUGGGACUGGCCGCUGUGCAGAUUGCCAAGGCCAAGGGGGCGACUGUUAUUGCGACUGCUGGAACGCAGCGCAAGCGCGAGAUUGCGGCCCAGUUUGGCGCGGAUUAUGUCGUUGAUUAUACGGAUAAGGCGUGGCCCGAGGAGGUGAAGAAGUUGUGUGCUACGCAUCGGCAGGGGAAUGGCAAGGCCGGUGUGGAUAUCGUUUAUGAUCCCGUUGGUAUGAUCGAGGCGAGUUUGAAGUGUGUGGCUUGGAAUGCUAGGUUGUUGGUUAUUGGAUUUGCGGCUGGCAAGAUUGAGAAGGUUGCGCUUAAUCGGGUGUUGUUGAAGAAUGUUAGUCUGGUGGGAUUGCACUGGGGUAUGUAUGCUAAGUGUGAGACGGAGACUGUUGGUGAGGUAUGGAAGGGGAUCUUUGAUCUUGUUGCCCAGGGCAAGUUCAAGGGAACUGCGUUUACGGAUGAGAAGUUUGUUGGGCUUGAGAGUGUUCCUAAGGCGUUGCAGGCGCUUGGAGGGCGCGAGACUUGGGGUAAGGUCGUGGUCAAUGUGACUGGCGAUGAGCAGGCCAAGAGUAAGCUCUAG